AGCUAGUUUGGAGGAGGGUAAAAUGAUCCCAGAUCAGUGUCUGUUUCGGUGUCAAGCGUGCUCUCGCGGCAUCGCGAUAGCCUCGCCUACCGACACUAGAAUCAGAGCUCCGCUCGCGAACUGGAUGCUGACAGGCGCGCGCGGUGCGGUCAUCAUGCAAAGGUUACAUUGGAUCCGUGUCAAGAAGCCGCUCCCCCGCAGGACCCUCUCGGGCGACAACAUGCGAGACGUCUAGCGGCGACGAAGACGGGAGUGACACCCGCCCCCACCCCUCUCCCUCGGUUUUUGCCGGUGUGUUCGGCUGCGGCAAGUGCCAAAAAAGAUGGACGCGAUAAGUUUGAGAUUUCCGAAAACAGCAGUGCGUGCGCUUGCUCUUCUCGGCGGUAAAGUGGCUUCAUGAGUGUCCAAAGUAACAGUGGAAGUGGUGGUGGAAGUUUGGAGGCGACGCCAUCUUGGUCGCAGCUCUCCUCGUCCCCUACGAUUUCUCAACAGCACAUAACGGCGACCGCAAAGAGCAAGGAAGGAGCAAUGGAAGAGCUGCACAGCUUGGACCCCAGGAGACAGGAGCUGCUGGAGGCCAGGUUUACAGGCGCUGUCAGCGGCAAUACGGGAGGCAGCACUGGGAGUGCCAGUGGAGGUGCUAAGGGCCUGGCUAAUGAAUCCUCAAACCACAGCUAUGGAAGUCUGGGUUCAUCCAGUGACAAGGAGUCAGAGAACUCUGACUUGAAAAGAGGGAGCUCCCCAGCCUACUCAACCCCGGAGAAGAAGCACUCUGAAUCGUCCAGGGGCCGGAAAAGGAAAGCUGAUACCUAUUCUGAGAGCAGUCAAGGGAAGACUUCCACACGUGGGCCCAAGAUCAGUGACUUUUUUGAUUUUCAGGGAGGAAAUGGGUCCAGUCCAGUUCGAGGGCUCCCAUCAGCUCGCCGCUCUCCACAGAGCUCGCAGUCGGCACCCGGCUUGAUUAUCCGUCAGAACAGCUCCUCUCCCACCAGUCUGUGUUUUGGGGAGCACGGGCUCAAAGCUUCUUUAAGCAAAUGUGUCCAGACAGAGCUGACGGGCCUGAAACUUGCUGCCCUGGAGAGCAACAAGAGUCUGGACCUGGAAAAAAAAGAAGGGCGAAUAGAUGACCUGCUGAGAGCUAACUGUGACCUUCGGAGGCAGAUUGACGAACAGCAAAAACUCCUGGAGAAAUACAAGGAGAGACUCAACAAGUGCAUCACCAUGAGCAAGAAGCUGCUCAUAGAGAAGAGCACCCAGGAGAAGCAGUCGAGUCGCGAGAAGAGCAUGCGAGACCGCCUUCGGCUAGGCCACUUCACCACUGUCCGACACGGCGCGUCCUACACGGAGCAGUGGACCGAUGGAUAUGCAUUCCAGAACCUGAUCAAGCAACAGGAGAGCAUCAACCAGCAGAGGGAGGAUAUUGAGCGACAGAGGAAGCUGCUGGCAAAGAGGAAACCACCGAACCCUGCAUCUCCAUCACUGUCGCUGGCCUCCACAUCUGAACCGAAACAGCGCAAAACUAAAGUGGUCAAUGGCAACGACUCUGACCCCUUCCUCAAGCCCUCUCUGCCCCAGCUACUGACCCUCACUGAGUACCACGAGCAGGAAGAGAUCUUUAAGCUUCGGCUCGGACACCUGAAAAAGGAGGAAGCUGAGAUCCAAGCAGAGCUGGAACGGUUGGAGCGGGUGAGAAACCUUCACAUCAGGGAGCUCAAGAGGAUAAACAACGAAGACAGUUCGGCCUUCAAAGACCAUCCUACUCUGAAUGAGCGGUACCUGCUGCUGCACUUGUUGGGCAGGGGUGGCUUCAGUGAAGUCUACAAGGCAUUUGACCUGUUUGAACAACGCUACGCAGCUGUCAAAAUCCACCAGCUCAACAAGAACUGGAGAGAGGAGAAGAAGGAAAAUUACCACAAGCAUGCAUGCAGAGAGUACCGGAUACAUAAGCAGCUGGACCAUCCCAGAAUAGUCAAACUGUACGACUAUUUCUCCCUGGAUACUGACACGUUCUGUACAGUUCUAGAGUUCUGUGAAGGAAACGACUUGGACUUCUACCUGAAACAAAACAAGCUGAUGUCAGAGAAAGAGGCACGUUCCAUCGUUAUGCAGAUUGUCAGCGCGCUGCGCUACCUCAACGAGAUCAAGCCGCCCAUCAUCCACUAUGACCUCAAACCAGGGAACAUCUUACUGGUGGAUGGUACUGCAUGCGGCGAAAUCAAAAUCACAGACUUUGGUUUGUCCAAGAUAAUGGACGAUGACAACUAUGGUGUGGAUGGGAUGGACCUUACGUCCCAGGGGGCCGGGACCUACUGGUACCUCCCACCAGAAUGUUUUGUUGUGGGGAAAGAACCACCUAAGAUCUCCAACAAGGUGGAUGUCUGGUCAGUGGGGGUGAUCUUCUUCCAAUGCCUCUAUGGACGCAAGCCGUUUGGUCACAAUCAGUCACAGCAGGACAUCCUCCAGGAAAACACCAUCCUCAAAGCCACAGAGGUCCAGUUUCCAGCUAAACCCCAGGCCAGCACAGAGGCCAAGGCAUUUAUCCGGCGCUGUCUGGCCUAUCGCAAGGAGGACCGCUUCGAUGUUCACCAGCUGUGCUCAGACUCCUACCUUCUUCCGCACAUGAGACGCUCCAACUCCUCCGGCUCGCUGCAGCCCUCAGCCUCAACCGUUCCCACCUACUGACUCAAAGGACUGAUGGGGCCCUCAGGUCAAUUUUAAAGCAGCCUUGUCACAGUUGGAGGAUAACAAAUAUGGAACUUUUCUUUUUGUCGGAGAUGUUCCAAGAAUGGACAAUUUAGCAACAAAGUAAAGUGGAAAAUAAAAGAAGGUGGAAGGAGGAUGUUCUUGCUGUGUUUGACAGAAUGUUGCCCUUGAAUUCUGCUAUGAGACCGACUGAACAGAAGAAGGUAUACGGAGGAGAUGAGAAGGCCAGCAUGGUUGGGGGCCGGAACAGAGAGAGAAGCGAGUGUAUCUGCUUUAACCCUUAGAAAAUAUGAAAUCAGCAUACGACCUCCUCUAGUUGCACUCUCCAAACCCACCCUGCACUCAUCUCCACUGACACGUAUAAGAACAUACCUAAUCAGACGGCACCGGUAAGCAGCGGUGGGUGUGGAAGUACUCGGUUCAUUUCCAAAGGACACAGAAUAAUCGUUGCAUCCUGUUGAAGUUCCACUGCACGCAACAGGGAUUCAUUUUGAAAAGUGACAAUGUAACCUUAACUGGACUAAAUUCACACUUCCAGCCCAGUCAGAAGCAUUUCGGGUCUGCAGACAAUGGAUUUGCAUAUCUGUCUUAAAUCUUUAUUUUAUCGUUGUUGUUACAGCAAGAGUCGGAACGUGUGAGAGCAACGUGUUGCAAUACGUGAUGUAGAUGUUUCCAUGGACUUCAUACGGACUUACGAAGGCUGCCAUCAGGACACAGAGUUCAUUGUACAUUUCAUCUGCAGGAGGCAUUACUCCCUAUAGCAGAUAUAUUAUAACAAGGCUUUUCCUUGCCUUCUAAGUGUCUCCACUGUUUAUUUCCUCUCUAAAGCUGUUUUCAGUUCGCUGCUAUAAAUGUUGCUUUUAGUUUAUUUUAACAUGUGAAUGAUUUCACCUUGCGUCGACGCAUACUUGAACUUUUAGGAGGAAACUUCCAGAGCCUCUGGUGUUGUGAAGGAAUGCAACGAUUUUCUUCUGCGGCCGACAUCAAAUGCCUCCUCAGAUUUCUGUUUGCUUAGAAGACCUAGUGUGCUGUGUCGUGAGGAAUAUUCCCACCUGUCCGUGCUGGAGGAGGUGAGGAAAGUUACCGCGUUAUUAACUUCAGCUGGAAAACAAAUGGAUAUAUCUGAAAUGUCGUCAUGGUGUAAAUAAAAACUCAUACCUGUA